AGUGACACCGCCAGCAGGGAGAAGCCUGGCUAGGUGAGAGAAAUACUAAAUCCAGCCAAGGAUUUUUUUUUUUAAACUGUUGCGGGAGAUAGCGGUUCACAGAAGUUAACAGAGAAGUAUCCCUGACUUGAGUUGUUUUGGACACCGUUUUCAUAUUCGUGCCAUCACAAAGACUGUCCACUUGGGAGCUUUUUCCAGAUCUGAAAUAUAAGAUUUCUCCUGUUGACUAUGGCAGACAGAACUGAGUGCAGUACGGAGGACGGAUCUUUGGACAGUUUCUGUGUCGCAGCAGAGGCUACAUGAGGUUGCCGCACGCUUGCCUUUUUGCCGACUCCACCUUCCCACCUCCUCCUGUUCAAAUCUGUGAAGAAACAAAAUCUCCGACAGGGGAGGGGGACUGAUUUCUGCAGAGGUACGAACCGAGAGGGUGAACUCAAAAGAGUUCAACAUUGCUGUCCUCUCCCCUACCGUCCCCCCAAGCGGUGGGGGAACGAUCAGAAACAUUUCUUGAAGGGAGUAGGAGACGGAAAUAAAGGAAAUACACUACAGUCCCCCCUUUUUUUAAUUCGUCAAAAAAUAUGGCCGAUAAUGUCCUGGAGUCCGGCCCGCCUUCAGCCAAGAGGCCCAAGCUGUCCUCCCCAGCUCUGUCCGUGUCUGCCAGUGAUGGAAAUGAUUUUGGUUCAUUCUUUGACUUGGAGCAGGACCUCCCAGAUGAGCUCAUCAAUUCUUCAGACCUCGGGCUAACCAACGGCGACGAUGCCAGCCAACUCCAUACUAGUCUCGGAGGGCUUGGAGGGGGGAUUGGUGGGGGUGGCCAGGAUGCAGCUGCAAAACAUAAACAGCUGUCAGAGCUCUUGCGUUCGGGAGCACCAGCACAGCCAGGCGGUCCCACUCCCAACAGCGCAUCAUCUGGAGCUCCCAUGGGGAUGAUGGGGGGCGUCAGCGUGUCCUCCGGUGGACCUCAAGGCAUUCAUCCUCAGAACCAGCAGCAACAACCUGGAUUAAUGCAGCAGGUUGGGAUGGUUGGAGGCGUGGCGGCACUCAACCGAGCAGCAGCCAUGAUGGGUGCCCAAAAGGGCAACGCGGGACAGCAGCAGCAAGGGCUGAUAGGGGGGCAGGUUGUCAAUGGCUCGCCUAGAAUGGGCUAUCCUGGCAAUGCUGGCAUGGGUAACAAUAGUAAUAUUUUGGCAGAGACAUUACAGCAGCAGGGCAACCAGCCGAUUGGAGCCGGGGGUCAGGCAGGGAUGAGACCACAGCAGCCUGGCACGCUGAACAAGAUGAAUAUGAUGGCCAAUGCGGGCCCCUAUGGUGGUCCGUACGGCCAGUCUGCUGGCCAGGGGUUACCUGGAGCAGGGCUGGGCCCACAGCUCCAGAAUAAGGCUGGCCUGCCCAACAAUAUGGCCACUCAGUUCAGCAUGGACAAGAAGGCAUCCCCGGGUCAAGGCAUGCCUGGGAUGACUCCUCAGCAGCAGCAACAACCCGGGGCGGUUGGCGGUGUGGUGGUCAGCGGAGCCGCCACGGUGGGAGGAACACAGGUUGGACUGAACGCUGUGGGGGCAGGACCCGGCGCGACGCCCCCAACUGCUGACCCUGAGAAGCGGAAGUUGAUUCAACAACAGCUUGUCCUCUUGCUGCAUGCACACAAGUGCCAGCGGAGGGAGCAGGCCAACGGGGAGGUGCGGCAGUGCAACCUGCCUCAUUGCCGCACCAUGAAGAACGUGCUCAACCACAUGACUCACUGCCAGGCUGGCAAGUCCUGCCAGGUGGCACACUGUGCCUCAUCCAGACAGAUCAUCUCUCAUUGGAAGAAUUGCACACGACAUGACUGUCCUGUAUGCCUGCCACUAAAAAACGCUGGAGACAAGAGGAACCAGCAGUCUCUCGUCAACAGUGCGGCAGCAGUGGGUUUAGUGAACUCUUUAGGUUCAGGCGUACCAGGUGGGCAGUCCAACACUCCGAACCUGAACCCUCCCAGCCAGAUUGACCCCAGCUCCAUAGAGAGGGCCUACGCUGCACUGGGCCUUACUUACCAGGGCAACCAGAUGCCACAGCAGACGCCACAGGCCAACAUGCCAAACCAGGGGCUGCAGGGACAACCUGGGAUGAGGAGUCUAAAUGCCAUGGGAGGAAACUCUAUGGGAGUGAAUGGUGGAGUGGGGGUGCAGCCCUCCAACCAGCAGUCCACAUUACUGGCAGACGCCAUGUUGCACAACAACAUUACAGCGCAGAGUUUGAUGAACGACAGUGUGGGGAACCUGGGCUCCAUGCCCACAGCUACUCCCCCCUCUGCUGCAGGGAUGAGAAAGUCUUGGCAUGAAGACAUCACGCAAGACCUCCGCAACCAUCUUGUCCACAAACUCUGCAAUGUUUUUCAUGCAUUUGUGUGUGUGAGCAGUGUGCAGGCCAUCUUUCCUACUCCUGACCCAGCUGCUCUGAAGGACCGGCGGAUGGAGAAUCUGGUGGCUUAUGCACGAAAAGUAGAAGGGGACAUGUACGAGUCGGCCAACAGUAGGGCGGAGUACUACCACCUCCUGGCUGAGAAGAUCUAUAAAAUCCAGAAAGAGCUGGAAGAAAAGAGGAGGACUCGGCUCCAGAAGCAGGGCAUGAUGCCCGGCCAACCUGGCAUUGCCUCUUCUGGCCUUCCACAGGGGCCCCCUGGUGUGGGACAGCCACCCAUGCCCCCUGGACAGCCCCCUAAUGGUCCUCAUACCGAUCCGUCCAUGGUCAGGCCAGCUGCUCCCAAUCAGAUGGUCAACAGAAUGCAGAACCCAGCAGGAAUGAACCAGUUUGGUCAGAUGGGGAUGCAGGCUAUGGGUCAAAGGUCGACACCUCCUCUUCCUCUUAAUCCUUCAAUGAACCAGAUGGGUAUGGGAGCAGCAAGGAUGGGUCAGCCAAAUGCUACGCAGCUACAGAACCAGUACCUCUCUCCAGGCCAGUUUCCUGGCUCUAGUCCCGGACUUGGUUCUGGCCCUGUUGGCACGAACCAGCCAGGAGCACAGCCAGCUGUGCCUUCGCAGAACCAAAUUACAACACCGCCUUCCCACCCAGCAAGCAGCCCUGCAGCACAGUCCGCCUCCUCUGUCCCAGGCUCCGGAGCCCCUGCAGGCUCUAUGGGACCCAUUAAUGCAGGUGGUGCUGGGCCUUUACCAAACUUUCCUCCAUCUUCCACCCAGCCCAACACCUUCCCUCACUGCCCACCUGUCCGAACAAACUCCCCAUCACCAGCACGAAGCUUAACGCCUCAGCCCCACCAAACACCGCCUACAUUACCUCGCUCUCAGACCCCACAGCCACAGACCCCCAACACACCCCAAGUGCCCCAACCCCAGCCACAGCAUCCCCAGCAGCAGCACCAACAACAACAAGCCUCACAGCAGCAGCAGCUGCCAUCAGGAAAGACGAUGAACUCCGAGAAAGCCAGUCAGCUUCUACAGCAGACGCUUGGGGGUGUGGCUUCUCCAGGCCCUCAAGCGGGCCAGACUUCUUCAGUCCCGACCCAGAACGUGUCAUUACAGCUGCCACAGACUCCACUCUCUACGAAGCCUUCUCUGACCACAGAUGGUCAGGUGUCCUCUCCAGCUUCAGUUACAAGCAGCACUGACCCCAAAUCUCAGCUCGCCCCUGUCGACGGUCCUGCACCCAGCCAGGAAGACGUUAAAAUGGAGGUAAAGAAGGAGGAGGAGGAGGAUGAAGCAGUUGAAUCCCAAGGUGAUGGCAAGGGGAAGAUGGGCAAGGGUCAGUCCGAGGUGAAGAUGGAGGAGAAACCAGAGAUAAAGAAGGAGAAGUUGUCUGGAGACGGGUGUAAGGGCGAGCCCAUGGAUACAUCCUCAUCUUCUGGGUCAUUGUCAGUAGCAACAAGUGAAGACAAGAAGCCAGAGGUGAAGAAGGAGCCCAAAGAGGAAGAGGAGGGUUCAGGGUCAUCAGCUGUCAACAGCUCCUCAGCGAGCACUCAGAGCAAGAAGAAAAUCUUUAAGCCAGAGGAGCUGCGUCAGGCUCUGAUGCCCACCCUGGAGUCUUUGUACCGCCAGGACCCUGAGUCCCUUCCCUUCCGUCAGCCGGUGGACCCCCAGUUACUGGGAAUACCCGUACGUAUUCGAACUAGUAACAAAACUAACCUGGACUACUUUGACAUCGUGAAGAACCCCAUGGACCUGUCGACCAUCAAGCGGAAGCUGGACACAGGACAGUACCAAGAGCCGUGGCAGUACAUUGAGGACAUCUGGCUGAUGUUCAACAACGCCUGGCUGUACAACCGGAAGACAUCCAGAGUCUACAAGUACUGUUCCAAGCUGGCUGAGGUGUUUGAGUCUGAGAUUGACCCAGUCAUGCAAGGCCUAGGGUACUGCUGUGGGAGGAAGUAUGAAUUUUCCCCCCAAACUCUCUGCUGCUAUGGAAAACAAUUAUGCACCAUCCAACGCGACGCUGCUUAUUUUAGCUACCAGAACAGUUCACCAAAAUAUGGGCUUCUUGCUGACAGGUACCACUUCUGUGAGAAGUGUUUCAACGAAAUCCAAGGCGAGAGUGUUUCUCUUGGAGACGACCCCUCCCAGCCACAGACGUCCAUCAACAAGGAUCAGUUCCAGCGAAAGAAGAAUGACACCCUCGACCCUGAGUUACUUGUUGAAUGUACCGACUGCGGUCGUAAAAUGCACCAGAUCUGUGUCCUGCAUAACGAAACCAUAUGGCCUUCAGGCUUUGUAUGCAAUAACUGCCUGAAAAAGGUCAAUAAGACGCGGAAAGAGAACAAAUACGCCGCCAAACGGCUUCCUCAGACAAAGCUGGGGAACUUUUUGGAGACGCGAGUGAACGACUACCUCAAGCGGCAAAGCCACCUGGAGUCUGGAGAGGUCACUAUUCGCGUGGUCCAUGUCUCAGACAAGGUGGUUGAGGUCAAGCCGGGCAUGAAGUCCAGGUUUGUAGACAGUGGAGAGAUGGCUGAGUCUUUCCCAUAUAGGAUGAAAGCCUUGUUUGCAUUUGAGGAUAUCGACGGAGCAGAUGUGUGUUUUUUUGGCAUGCACGUUCAAGAGUACGGCUCAGACUGCCCCCCUCCCAAUCAGAGACGGGUGUACAUUUCUUACCUGGAUAGCGUGCACUUCUUCAAACCUCGACAACUGAGGACGGCCGUCUAUCAUGAGAUCCUUCUAGGUUACUUGGAGUAUGUCAAAAGGCAGGGGUUUACAACAGGCCAUAUUUGGGCUUGUCCUCCCAGCGAAGGGGAUGAUUAUAUCUUCCAUUGUCAUCCAGCGGACCAGAAGAUCCCGAAGCCAAAACGCCUCCAGGAGUGGUACAAAAAGAUGCUGGAUAAAGCCGUUUCUGAGCGGAUUGUUCAUGAUUACAAGGACAUCUUCAAGCAGGCAACAGAGGACCGUCUGACGAGCGCCAAGGAGCUGCCGUACUUUGAGGGAGACUUCUGGCCCAACGUACUGGAGGAGAGCAUCAAAGAGCUGGAGCAGGAGGAAGAGGAGAGGAAAAGGGAGGAGAACAGUACUUCCAAUGAAAGCACAGAUGCGACAAAAGGAGACAGCAAGAACGCCAAAAAGAAGAACAAUAAGAAGACAAGCAAGAACAAGAGUAGCUUGAGCCGAGCCAACAAGAAGAAACCAGGGAUGCCCAGUGUUUCUAAUGAUCUCUCCCAAAAGCUGUAUGCCACCAUGGAGAAACAUAAAGAGGUUUUUUUUGUCAUCCGCCUCAUUGCCGGUCCAACUGCCAACUCGCUGCCUCCUAUCACUGACUCGGACCCCUUGAUGGCCUGUGACCUGAUGGAUGGCCGUGAUGCCUUUCUGACUCUCGCCAGGGAUAAGCACUUGGAGUUCAGCUCUCUCAGAAGGUCCAAGUGGAGCUCCAUGUGUAUGUUGGUUGAGCUGCACAACCAAAGCCAAGACCGCUUUGUUUACACCUGCAAUGAGUGCAAACACCACGUGGAGACCCGCUUCCACUGCACUGUUUGUGAAGAUUAUGACUUGUGCAUCACCUGCUACAACACUAAAGGUCAUGAGCACAAGAUGGAUAAGCUGGGGCUUGGCCUGGAUGAUGAUGGCAACAACCCAGCAGCAGCAGCUACGCAGAGUCCCGGUGACUCACGUAGGCUCAGCAUCCAGCGUUGCAUCCAGUCGCUGGUCCAUGCAUGCCAGUGCCGCAACGCCAACUGCUCACUGCCGUCCUGCCAGAAGAUGAAGCGGGUUGUUCAGCACACAAAAGGCUGCAAACGCAAGACAAACGGCGGCUGUCCCAUCUGCAAGCAGCUCAUUGCUCUGUGUUGCUAUCAUGCCAAACACUGCCAGGAGAACAAAUGUCCCGUCCCAUUCUGUCUGAACAUCAAGCAAAAGCUCCGACAGCAGCAGCUGCAGCACAGACUGCAGCAGGCCCAGAUGUUGAGGAGGAGGAUGGCCACCAUGCAGAGGGUGGGACAGCCAGCCGGAGGACAACCAGGAGGACCUAUGGUAGGUCUUCCGUCACCAGGAAACAAUGGCACCACGGCUCCAAGCACCCCAACAUCUGGCGGAACCCAACCCCCAACCCCUCAGACCCCAACUCAGACCAUGACUCCGGCCCCACAACAGGGAAUGGGUCCUGGAAAUGGAGUGCAACAGCAACCAGGAGGGAUACCUCCUCAACAUUCUCUUCAUCAGUUCCAGCAGAUGGCAACUGGAGGAGGUGGGGGAGGAGGAAUGAUGAACUCUCCACAACAUCAGCAGCAGAUGCUCCAAGUUCAGCAGCAGCAACAAAUCGGAUCAGGUACCAACCCUCAGCAGCUUCAGCAGCACCCCAGCAAUUUGCCACCUUAUGCCAGCAGACCCCCUGGCUCUUCCCCAAUCCACCAGUCCCAGGGUAAACCAGUUCUUGGCUCUGCAACGCCUCCUCAGCAGCAGCAGCCUGGUGGCGCUGUCAUGGCUGGAAAUUUAGGGGGUCAGCCACCUCCCAGUCAGCCACCAGGCCAGCAGCAACAGGCCCCCUCCGGCCCUCCACCAGCAGCAGUAGAAAUAGCACUAAAGAUUCAACAGGUGGCCGAUGCUCAAAGGAAGAUGGCUCUCCAAAGACAAGCAGCAGCUGCAGGCUUGAUGUCUUCUCACCACCAACAAGGUCAGCCUCAGCAGAUGGCGAUGGCACACCCGGGGACAGUAGGAAUGGUUGGAGCCCAGGGUAUACCACCACAAAGUCAAGCACCGGUGGCAGCUGGUCGAGCCCACAUAGAUCAACAGCAAGGAGCUCCACCGGGGAUGAUGGUUGGGGCUGGUGGUCACAUGCAGCAACCCCCCCAGCAGGGUAACUUGCCACAGGGCCAGCUCCCAACUCAGGUGCAGCUUCAGCAGCAGAGGAUGGUUGCUCCACUUCAGAACUCUCAGCAGCAACAGCAACAGUGGGCAGGACAGGGUGUGACAGCCCAGCAGAGACAAGCUAUGAUGAACACAAUGAACCAUCCAGCCAUGAUGGCAGCUCAGCAGCAACAGCAGCAGCAGCAUCAGGCACAGCACCAGCAAGGUCAGGGCCAUGCUGCCUUGAUGAACAUGGCACAGCAGCAGCAACAGCAGCAAGGUGCUAGUGGUGGGGUCGCAGGUGGAGCCCUCCCUGUAGGUGUCGGUGCUGCUGGUGGAAACAUCCCCCAGGCAGCUCUUCAGGAGCUACUACGCACUCUCCGUUCACCAAGCUCCCCACUCCAACAACAGCAAGUCCUCAACAUCUUGCGCUCUAACCCUCAGCUCAUGGCUGCUUUUAUCAAACAGAGGGCUUCAAAAUACAAGGGGGUGCAGGGGGGCCCUGGUGGACCAGGGGUCGUCCCAGGAGGAGUCCCGGGAGGAGUCCCGGGAGGACCUGGUCCUGCUGGAGGUCCUGUUGGAAACGUGGUUGCAGGAGGAAGCCCACAGGUGAACAUGAAUGCUGCAGGUGCUGGUCAGCCGGGAAUGCACAUAGGGGGUCAGGGAGGGUCAAAUGUCAACAUGGCUGCCAUGGCUCAGCUACAGCAAGUCCAGCAGCAACAGCUGCAACAGCAGCUACAACAGCAGCAGAGGCCGAUGCUCAGUGGUUUACAGCAGCAGCAGGUUGCAGCUCUCCAGCAGCAACAACAACAGCAGCAGCAAGGGGUAGGAAGAGGAAUGCAAGCCCAGGGGCUGCAGAUGGGAAACGUCAACCCCCAGUUUAGAGAGUUGCUUAUGAGACGACAUCUGCAGCAGCAACAGCAGCAGCAGCAGCAGCAACAACAGCAAAUGGGAGUAAAUCAUGGUCAGUUCCAGCAACCUCAACCCCCACAGGGGCAGGGAUUCAUGGGACAGCAGGGGAUGCAGCCUCCUACAGUGGGACAGGGUCCAAAUGGAGGCCCACCUCAUGGCCCUCAGCAACAAGGUGCCCCCCCAGGUCAGCAGGGCCCAGGUUACCCAGGCUCAGUUGCCCAACAGCAGGCCACAGCUGCACUUCAGCAGAGGCUCCAGCACCAGCACCACCUUCAGAUGCAGCAGCAGAAUUCCAUGGCUGCCCUCCCAGGGGGAGAUGCAGGACAAGGUGUAGGAGGUCCUCAGCAACCAUCUCAGGGCCCUCAGUCUACCCAAAGUGGACCCCCACCCCAAUCACUGCUUCAACAGGCUCUCCACCAGAGGUUGCUCCAGCAGCAGCAGCUGGGUCCUAGCGGGUCACCAGCCCAACACAGCAAUCCCAUGAGCCCUCAGCAACCACAGCAGAUGGCCCAGUCUCCACACCCACACCUGCAGGGCCAGGCGCUGCCCACGUCACUCGCUAACCAGGUGCGAUCCCCACAGCCCUCUCCCAGACCCCAGUCACAGCCACCACACUCCAGCCCAUCCCCACGCAUGCAGCCUCAGCCCUCCCCACAUCACAUCUCCCCCCAGAUACAGACUGGCUCUCCACACCCGAGCCACUUGAACCAGCACCAUCCAGGAAUGGUAGUCCCUCCACAACAGCAACAGCCACCAAGCCAGCAGCAGCAGAACACUAUGGAGCAGUUUGGGUCGGACGAGAGCGCCAUGCUGUCUCAGCUGAGCGGCAUGGCUGGUCUGCACGGGCCAGGCGGCAGCGGUCAGGACCCAAUGGGCCAGAACAUGAACCACAACUCUUUAGACCACAUGUAGGACUCCUUAAUGUGUUAAACUGAGCCAACGAUGCUCAGUGAAGCUCCGCACAAACUGCACUCACCCAGGACAGUGUUAUUAUUAACCUUUUUUUUUUUUUUUUUUUGAUAUAAAAUGUUAUUUAAAAUGUUUUCAAUAAAGAUGCAUUGAACUGAACUUCCUAUGGGAGAUGAACAUUAAAUCAAGCAGUUGUUAAAUGAAUUAGAAUAAAUGAAUUGUAACUUAUUGCUGUUAAUAUAUAUAUAUUUUCUUUUUGCCAAUUGAGGACAAAGAGGGGGAGAGUUUCUCUUGCAACCAGCACCUCUUCCCCUCAUCUCCCCCUCUUGUAGAAGAAAGGUGAUAUUUUAGGUUUUUUUUGGGGGGGGGGGGGGGGGGGGGGGGGUAAAUAGAAGUACUUGCCUUUUUUUUAAAGAAAUGUUUGUAAGAUUUUAAGAGGUCCAGACUUAAAGAGGAAACGAUUUAAUGCAAAGAUCUUUUUUUUUUUUUUUUUUUGUUGCUGUUACCCAUCAUUCAGUCUGUCCAUUUCUGUUUGCAGAGUGAUGUGAAUUUUGUAAAUCCAAACAUGAUGCAUAUCUUUUUAAUGUUUGGGUUUGCUUUAUUUAUUAUUAUUUUCCUUCAUGGGAUGGGGGGUGUUAUAUUCUCUGCUACGAUUCGUAUAGAAAUAUAUUUUUGUUAUUGACUGUUAAAAAUGGGGAGGGUAGUAAAUAUGCCAUUUCACUCUACAUGUCCUCAGUUGGCUUUGUCCAAAUGGAAGUAACGCCACCGUUUAAUUGCAGCGUUCGACGGUCUGCUCCGACUUUGAGAUGUUCAGCGGACAUAUUUUUUGGACGUCCCGGCCGGCUUCUGUUUCUGGACGUCCAUCAUGCUGGAAGAGACUCUCCCCUCGCAAACAUGCAAGCCCUCUCCCUCGAAUGUGUGUGCACUCCUUCCUUUUAAAGACACUUAACAUGGAGCUAUGGAGGCUUGGGGAGGGGGGUGCAUACCUUUGUGCCUGUAACAUUUUAAUUACAUAGGGGUGGGGGGGUCCUUAUAGUGUUUUUAGGAUUUUACUGUUUGGAGAAAAGAGGAUGAUGAUCCAAAUGAACUGUGUUGCACAGAAAUGAGGUGAAAGAAGGCGGUAUGAGCGGUCAUUCUCCGUCUCUUUCUUCCUCGUCCCCUUUGCUGCUUCCCAUGGACUUUAUAUCCUCCUCGGGGUGGGAGGGUUUGGGACUUUGAGCUCCUUCCUUACAAACUCCAUCCUCUUUAUCUUUCUGAUCAGAACUUUGGGAGUUUUAUUUAAUAUUUUUUACUGUACAAAGGAAGCAAACUGUGGACUCAAAACUGUUUGUUUUUUUUGUUUUAUUUUUUUUAUAAUAAAAUGAAAAUAACCGAUA